AUGAGUCAGGCUCCCUCGCUGGCCCCCAGCAGCCAUUGGCACAGCUCAUCUCAGCCCUUCCCACCCAGUUCCCGUUCGACUCAGCACCCGGAGCCCCGCGAGGCAGAUGCUUGGGCCAUCUACAAGGGGAAAUACCACGAAGGGACGGACAAGGCUGAUCCCUCCACCUGGAAGACGCGUCUCCGCUGUGCCCUCAACAAGAGCACCGACUUCCAGGAGGUGCCUGAGCGGAGCCAGCUGGACAUCUCAGAGCCCUACAAGGUGUACCAGAUCGUGUCUGAUGGAACCCGGGACGCAGAGAAGUAUAGUGACACGCAGUCCCCAGCCGGUGAGGAUCAGCAGGGUAGCACCGCUGGGAGUCCAGAAGAGGAAAGCCACAAGGGCACGAUGGAGACGUGCCACGUGUCUCCACUGCCCGUGCUCUCAGCCCACCCGGCUGAGCGAGGGUACCAUGUGAGGGGAGUCUUCUACGGCUGGAACCCCACCCACAGCCACCACCUCCCUGGACCCCCAUCCUACGUCCCCGUGGAGGACGUCAACCAUUCAGACUGCUGGCUCCACAUCCGACUCUACUACUGCGACGUGCUGGUGAAGGAGGUCACCACCCGCACGGCCGAGGGCUGCCGCAUCACCUCCCGCGCCGUGCCGGCUGAGAGCGAGCACCUCUACGGUCCCUUCUGCAUGGAGCAGAUUGAGUUUCCCCCACCACGAGCACUUGGCAGCAGUGGCCGGGUGGCCAGCAUGACUGACGUGCUGGAGAGGCUCCUGCCUCACCUGGAACGUGGCGUGCUGCUGUGGGUAGCACCCGAGGGGGUCUUCAUGAAGCGCCAGUGCCAGGGCAGGGUGUACUGGAACGGGCCGCUGGCCCCACACAGGGACUGGCCCAACAAGCUGGAGAGGGAGAAGACCUACAAGCUGCUGGAUACGCAGCAGUUCCUGCAGCAGCUGCGGGGGUACGUGAGCCACGGACAACCUACACCGCAGUACCAGAUCCACCUGUGCUUCGGGGAGGAGUACCCCACCAGCACUGGGCACCACUUCCAGAAGCUCAUCAUGGCCCACGUGGAGCCGGUCUUCGCACGGGAGCUCUUCCAUCACGCCCAGCGCAUGGGGCCGACGCUGCUCCGCGACACCCCCCAGCCCUGUGCCCCCGGUGCCUCCAGCCACAUCAUCCGUGUCCUCAAACAGCUCUGCCAGCCUUGA